UGAAAGAGAGAAAAAGCAGAGUGUGAAUUCAUGGGAAAGAGGGAUUAAGAAGGCCCCUCCUGAUAAGAACCAAGUGGGGAGACAUGGUAAAAUUCAGACAUUUUGCUGAAGACUGAGGGGGUUAUACUCUGAAAGGAGAGUCCCAAGUUGUACCUGUUGAUGAUCUUGAUUUAAUUUUGAGUAUCCUGACAUUUCCUGCGUCAUAUCUCAGUCUAUGACUUUCUACUUGUCUCUUUUUCCAGGCAUGAUGAAGCUUAAAUCCUCUUCCUUUUCUGGGUCCUGUGUGAGCUUUCUUCUUCUACAAGUGAUGACAUCAACUUCAGAAAACUGGACAGUAACCAUUCCCGCGAGACACUUGGUGGCUACAGUAGGAGGACACGCUGAGCUCAGCUGCGAGUUGUCCCCACCACGAAGUGCAGAGCGCAUGGAGGUGCGCUGGUUCAGAGGGGACAAUUCCAAACUUGUUCACCUGUACAGGGAUGGCCAUGAAGUGAAUGGAGAUGCUGCCCCAGCGUAUGUAAACCGCACAGAGUUUGUGAAAGAGGCCAUUAGACAGGGCAAGGUGACUCUCAGACUUCGUAAUAUCAGUGUUUCUGAUGAUGGAUCAUAUCAGUGUUCAUUUAAAGGUAAUGGCAUCAGUGAUGUGGCCAGCAUGAAUCUGAGCAUGGCAGCAUUAGGCUUGGAAAAACAAAUCCAUGUUCAAGCUCCUGGCACUGAGGGACUCAUGGUGGACUGUAACUCAGGAGGGUGGUUCCCAAAGCCCCAGAUGGAGUGCAGAGACAGCAGAGGAGAGAUAGUUCCACAUUCAUCAAAAUCCUAUUCACAGGAUGGAGCCAGAUUGUUUCACAUGAAGAUGACUCUUGUCCUUAGAAACCAGUCAUGGGGCAACAUGACUUGCUACAUUUGCAAUCCUCUAACAGGUGAAGAGAAAUGA